ACAGCUACAGGAGGAACCUGGAGGCCAAACUCCAGCAGAACAAUGUGAGGGAUGUGUGGACUGGGAUGAAACAGAUCACUGGAUGUAAAGUGAAGGGCAACCAACCAUCAGGCGGUCUGGAGAGAGCCAACGAGCUGAAUGGCUUCUCUAACAGGUUUAGCUCGCAGCCUUCCAGCCCCCCACUCACCCACACUGUUUACACCCCCCGUCUCCUCCACUAUUGACACCAGCACCCACCCCAGCAUGACUGUGACUACAGGCCAGGUCAGGAGACAGCUGGAGAGACUCCACCAACGGAGGGCUGCAGGACCUGAUGUUAUCAGCCCCAGGAUCCUGAAGACCUGUGCUAGCCAGCUGUCUCCUGUUCUCUAACAUCUCUACAACCUGAGCCUGAGUCUGGAGAGAGUCCCGGUGCUGUGAAAGACGUCCUGCCUUGUUCCUGUCCCGAAAAAGUCAACUCCAUCGGACUUCAAUGACUACCGACCAGUUGCCCUCACAUCUCAUGUGAUGAAGGUGCGAGAGGCUGGUCUUGGCCCACAUGAGGCUGCGGGUGAAGGAGCUGCUAGACCCUCUACAGUUUGCUUACCAGCCCAAUCUGGGAGUUGACGACGCUGUCAUCUAUCUGCUGCAACGAGCCCAUUCGCACCUGGAUAGUGGUGGCAGCACUGUGAGAAUCACAUUCUUUGAUGUCUCCAGCGCUUUCAACACUAUCCAGCCACUGCUGCUGGGUGAGAAGCUGCGGGUACUGGGAGUCGACACCUCCAUUGUCUCCUGGAUUACUGACUACCUGACAGGCAGGCCACAGUUUGUCUGUCUGGGCAGUGUACUGUCUGAUGCGGUGGUCAGUGAUACAGGAGCUCCACAGGGGACUGUGCUGUCCCCUUUCCUUUUCACCUUAUACACCACAGAUUUUCAAUACAACUCUGAGUCAUGUCACUUACAGAAAUUUUCUGAUGACUCGGCUGUUGUCGGGUGUAUAAGUGGGGGAAGGGGAGUACAGAGCAGUGGUGGGUGACUUUGUAGAGUGGGCUGGAUGCAAUCACCUGAGGCUGAAUGUCAACAUGACCAGAGAGAUGGUGAUUGACUUCAGGAGGAAGAGGACGGCCUUACGGCCACUGUGUGUUCUGGGCGAGGAUGUGGAGGAGGUUGAGGACUACAAGUACCUGGGUGUCGUCAUCAUUUCUGCCACAAGCUAUCACAAUAGGAGAAGACGCUGUUUCACUGUUACUGCAGCAACACCAUCAUCAUCCUCAGUUAUUUCCAAACACCCGAUGCAGUGGAAGGAAUGGCAAUGCUGGAGGGCUACUAUCAAUGGAUCUGCCCUGAUUACAUCAGCGUCAAUGAUGAUGGGAUAUUUUUUUCUGGCCUCAAGUGCUACAAACUCCCGAAUGUGACCAGCCAGGAAAUCAGGAGGGUUGUGGCAACUCAGGUGGCUUCCCAGUUCACGGAGGAGCAGAAAGCUGGCGUGGCUUAUUACAUGGCCCAUUCCACACCCAUGGCCAAUGUGCACUAUUGCAUGAAGACCAUAGAUAACGUCGUGGACACCUGCACCGUGCUCAGGAACCUCAGACACUCCUCUUCUGAGGAUUCAGGUGAGGAGAGGAGCGACCGGGCGCCGAAGCGAGGAAGAGAAGAUGCAGACGACGGGGAGACUGGAGCUGAACAGGACCUUGCAGCUUUCCUACAGGCCUUUCCACUUAAUCUGACUGGCCAGCCACCAACCAAGAAGCAGAGGGCGGAUGCUGGCUUUCCUACUGACACAGUCUUCUAUGACAGGUGGAGGGCUCUUCAGUAUGGCCAACGGGAGAAACAUCUCCUGUCGUCCACCCUCUGCUGUGUGAAGUCAAGUGAUGAUACUGCUCUAAGUGACCGUCAUCAUUCAGGAGAAGGCAAAACUCAUGUGUAUUCCCAUCUACAAGAAAGACCGAUGACCUCACCAAACCAUCCAGCACUACACAGAAGCCGAGAGACUGAAUCAAUUUCAAAACGUCAAACACAGGCUGACAAUUACAGUGAGCGUGUGGCUGAUGGGUCUGGCAUUAGUGCCUUAGUUUGUCAUAACAAAGCUGACUCCAGCCCAUCACUUAACAGCAACAUGGUGGACCCCUAAUUUAUCGGUCAUAAUGUUUGUGACCUGUGUGAACAAGGACACGUUUGAACACAGUUGUUUGCUAAAAUACUGUGAGCGACAAGCGUUUUAUUUGAUUUUUUUUAAUUUGAUCAUAAUCUUAAUCUAUUUUUCCAUUUAUACAAUGUGAGACCUUUUGU